AUGUCCAAGGGAAAAAGAACUACCUACGAUUCUUUAGAAGUUCGAACUGAUGAGAGUUUUGAUGGGAAUGGCGUAAGUGUCGAAGAGCGCUUGCGUAGGAUAGAUUAUCAACAGUGGGAGAAGCGUAAGCUAAUACCGACCGACGAUGAAGAAGUCAGAGAUGCUUUGAGGCUGAUCAAGGAACCUGAUAAUGUACAAUAUGAGGACCCUUUUAGCAGAAGAGAGAGACUGUCAGAACUGCUAUUUUUGAAUAAAGAUCAUAUGGAGAUUUUCAAAGCUCAUCUCCAGCAGGAAGAGCUGCAGAAAUCAACUAGUGAUGAUGAAAAGGAAGAGGAAGAAUUUUAUACUCCGGCAAGUAAUGAUUUGAUAGAAGCAAGGAAAUUCCUGAUCAACUAUACCAAUGUGCGAUCCAAGGAAAGAUUGGAAAGAGAGAUACAGAACACAGCAACGAGCGAUGUUUCAAGAAUAAUUAAUGAAAGAAGAGGAAUAAAUACAAGGCUGAAAAAAUUCGAGCUUGCUGGAUCUCAGAUUACCUCAUCACGGCCGGUGUCACAAGCUAGAUUGUCUCCGAAUGAUAAGUUUAUCGCGACUGCAAACUGGAACGGCGGGAUUGGCAUUCUAGACAGUUAUUCAUUAGAUGUCAUAUGUUCAGCCGAUGGAGUACAUCAGGGCAAAAUUGGGGGAAUAAAUUGGAGUCCAGAUGGUAAAAUGAUUGUGAGCGGCGCAGAGGAUGGAUUAGUCAGGCUAUUUAUUGUAGAGCAACAACAAAUACAAGAGUCUUCAAUACUAAAAGGGCACGAGAGACGUGUUGCUGGUACUGCUUUUCAUCCUUCUCAAUUAUAUGUAGCUAGUGCUUCAUUCGAUAUGACUUGGAGGUUGUGGGACUUAAACACGGGUAAAGAACUGUUACUGCAAGAAGGACAUGGCAAAGAGGUGUUUUGUGUAGCUUUUCAAAACGAUGGUUCUCUUCUUUGUAGUGCAGGAUUAGAUCACUGCGGAAUCAUAUGGGACAUUCGUUCUGGAAAAUCCACGAUGAUUUUGAAAGGACAUGCAAAACCUAUUUAUGCGGUUGAUUGGUCUCCUAACGGAUAUACAGUUGCCACUGGUGCUGGAGAUGGAACCGUAAAAAUAUGGGAUCUACGUAAGUCCAGUGAAGAAUUUACGAUUUUAGCACAUAACAACGUAGUAUCUAGUGUUUCCUUUGACAAGGAGCAUGGAAAUGUUCUAGUUUCCGGUGGCUACGACAAAAAAGUCAAUGUUUUCAGUUGCGAUAAUUGGAUCAAAUUGAAUUCCUUAGAGGGCCAUACAGACAAAGUUCUUUGCUCAGAUAUUUCAAAAGAUGCGAGCUUUGUAAUAAGUUCAGGUUGGGAUAGGUCUAUAAAAUUAUGGAAAAUCGAUAAUUGA